AAGAAGAAGAUUAAAGCCAACUCUCCAGCUGUGUGACGAAACCUGCUCCUCCACCAGCGAUACUUCCUUAACUUGCCACAACAAGCUCUGACUUUCGAUAAAGGACGACAACAACUCGAUAAUCUAAAAAACGUCUUAAUUGCUCUCCGCGUUUCAACAUUAUUAAAACAUCAGCGGUUGUGGCUCAGUCGCCUUGUUAGCAUUAGCUUCACAACGGGAAGCUAUCUAACAGCUGUUCAUUCUUUAUUUGCUUUUAGCUUUUUUCCCCAACCCAACUUAUGACAAAGUCAUCUUUUUUUGGUUUCCAUAAACUCAAUUCUGCGGGUGGCCGCAUGUGUGCGUUUUGAAGCGUUGGAUGUUGCCUGCUGUAUCUACCGUUUGUUUUUGUCGACUGGAGCUAUAUUUAAAUGGCCACCGCGGCACCCCCUCCUCCGGCCUCUGCCUCCACCGGAGCCACCGAGAACGCUAGUCCCGGGUCUGGCAGCUCUAACGCGGCCGACGGAGGCAACCAGGACAGCACUUUUGAGUGUAACAUUUGUCUGGACACCGCCAAGGAUGCUGUGAUCAGCCUGUGUGGACACCUCUUCUGCUGGCCCUGUUUGCACCAGUGGUUAGAGACGCGACCCAGCAGACAAGUGUGUCCAGUGUGCAAAGCCGGCAUAAGCAGAGACAAGGUCAUCCCCUUAUAUGGGCGAGGAAGUACGGGUCAGCAGGACCCCAGAGAAAAAACACCCCCACGACCACAAGGGCAAAGGCCUGAGCCAGAAAACCGUGGUGGUUUCCAAGGAUUCGGCUUUGGAGAUGGAGGUUUUCAGAUGUCCUUUGGAAUCGGUGCUUUUCCCUUUGGUAUUUUUGCCACAGCCUUUAACAUAAAUGACGGCAGACCUCCUCCAGCUGCCCCGGGGACACCGCAGCACAUGGACGAACAGUUCCUGUCUCGACUCUUCCUCUUAGUCGCUGUGGUCAUCAUGUUUUGGCUCCUCAUAGCGUGAAUACCUGCAAGGAUCCCCUCAAAAGGAUUUCAUAGACAAUACUGUUUUUCUCUCCCUCUUCUCUUCAUAGAAAGCCACCUGAGAUUGAUUCUAAGUGAAAUAGCUCUAUAUUCAUCUCAGCAAUCAAAAUGAAAACACACACAAGCGAUAAACAGAAAAAAAACUCUUCUUUAUGCGGGUUGAUGGAUGCAUUAUGAUUUGACAAAGUUGUAUUAUAAUAAGAAUAAUGGUGGAGUGUUCCAUCUAGAGCAGGGGUCACCAACGUUUUUCCUUGUGAGAGCUACUUCUACAAAAUGAAAAUGGCCAAGAGCUACUCAUUUUUGUAACAGUUAUUUUCAGAGCUUAUUUUAAACCCAAACAAAGCGACUAUGCUUGUUUUCCCAGAACAUUAACAAAAUGCUGGUGUCCACAACUCACAUUAUUCUUUCAUUAUUAACUGAAAACCUGAAUGAAAAGCAGGCUUGCGGGCACCUUGUGGUCGUGGGGGGCUACCUGGUGCCCGCGGGCACCACGUUGGUGACCCCUGAUCUAGACAAUACGGUUUCUGCUUGGUGAAUGUGUGAAAUGUACCAGAACCUUUAAACCAAAGCCUGUUUUAUGCAGAGAACAAAUGGAAUUCAGCCAUAAGCCACACAUCACUGUUGUAAUGAAAGAAGAAUCAUGA